GUUAAGAGUAAGGAGAGAGUGAGGAGGAGAGAAGGGUCUCUUUCAUUCCCAUAGAAAUAAAUAGUAUAGGUAAUACUCCAUAUAGAUUUAGUGAAGCUAAUAGAAAUGGAGAUAUAUACGAAAGAAGAAUAACCGAGGUUGUAUAUAUAUGCAGUUUCGAGAAGAAGCUGAAAUUCGGUUUGGCCUGUGGGUGAUAUCGUCUCGAUCGGUAAUAUUCUUAUAUAUCAUCAUCAUCAUGGCACAUAACGGUGACGGCAUUAACGGCGGUGAUGCUGUGCUCAGCAGCGAAGGAAGGUCCUCGGAGACAAGUGGAGGAAUGGAGGGAAAUAACGGCCUAAAGAAAGGUCCGUGGACGGCAACGGAGGAUCAAAUUUUGAUGGACUACGUGAGGAAACACGGCGAAGGGAACUGGAAUUCUGUGCAGCGGAAUUCCGGUCUCAACCGUUGUGGCAAGAGUUGCAGGCUCCGAUGGGCCAAUCAUCUCCGCCCUAAUUUGAAGAAAGGUGCCUUCACACCAGAGGAAGAGAGGCUCAUUCUUGAGCUGCAUGCCAAAUACGGCAAUAAAUGGGCACGCAUGGCCUCUCAGCUACCCGGACGAACAGACAAUGAAAUAAAGAAUUACUGGAACACAAGGGUGAAGAGGCGACAACGCCAAGGCCUCCCUCUAUAUCCUCAUGACAUUAAGCAAUCCCAACAACAAUCUCAUUCGCAGUCACAACCAACCUCUCUAACCGUUCCCACAAGCACCGGAUUGCCACCCACAGGCCAAAAUUAUUCCUUCCAGUUUCAAAGCUCAUCAUCGUCGAAUGCUCAUCAGCUCCCUCCUAUAGGCCCUAGUCAUCACCCCCAUCACUCUACCGCCUCCUCUCCCAAAUCCGCAAUCAAUCAUUACCUUCCUGUAUUUGAUCACUCCACCGACCCUUCCUUCACCUUCAACCGCCCCACUCCCAUCCUCGGAGCUCCAUUGCGGUACAAAAGGUACCGCAACAGCCAUGGCAUUUCUCCUCCGGUUUCUCCAACCCCACAAAGAAGCAACUCUAUUUUACGAACCAGCUCCAUGCCUGACAUAUCUUACAAUCAGCAUUUUGCACCAGGAAACAUGUCCAUGCCUGACAUGGCCUCUUUUCAGUUUCAGCCACCAAGGAAUUUCAGCGGGUCGUUGCCACCAUUGCCACGGUCCACCAGCAGCCAGUUUGAUUUUGGGGACAGUACCAGGCCACUUUAUUCGGUGAAGUCAUCGGAACUUCCUUCAAGCCAAGUAUCGCAAACACAGUCACCGUGUGAUCAGCUCACCAAUGAUAACAAGCUACAUGUGGCUGCUGCAGCUAAUGGGACUCAUUGCAGCAAUGUGUUGGAAGAGUUGUUACAAGAAGCUGAGGCAUUGGCUUCUGUCGCAACUCCAAGGAAUUCGAAAGCAUCAAUUGGUUUAUUGGGUUCGUUUGAAGACAAGCAUGGUUUGGAUGGUUAUGGCCGUUGGCUGCAGGCUGCAGGUUCCACAAAUAACUCUGUAUCGGAUAUGAAGCAAAUUCAGGAUCAUCAUGACCAGAUGAAUUAUUCCUUGCCUGAAGACUUGUCGAAGCUGUUUCGUUUUAUUCCUUCAACGGAGCCGGUCUCCGAUUGGUACAGUACUGAUAGCGGUGAACUCUCCAAUGGCGGCCAAUCUUCUGGAGUAACUGAGGCUAGUUUUGAGUUUGACAUGCAGCAAAAUAUGGCUUCAUUGUUCCCUAGUAUUGUUGCCUCCUCAGCAGACCAUGACAGAGGUCCUAACAAUUGGGACAACUUGCCUGGAAUGUGCUGA